AUUAUUUUAAACUUAUUAUUGGAAUUUAUUUUGAAAAAUAUUAAAUAUUCCUAAAUUUGUAUACUACAAUUAAAAGCUUUAUAAUAAUUGAUUAAAAAAAUCACGCAUUUUCCAAUAAAUAUUAUUUAAUUUUAAAAAAAUCGAAUAUUUAAAUAUACAUAAUAAUAUGAAGACUAAAGAAUUAGGUGUAUUGGUUCGAAGGAGAAGAUAUACACGACACUAGUUUAUUUCAAAUCCGGUUUUUAAAUUCUAGAAUAUACAAAAUGAUCAUUUUUUUAAAAAAGGAAAACAUUUAAACACUUCUUUUGGUUUGAAACUUCAAUCUUUUAAUUAUUUUUUAAAAUAUUUUAUUUUCUUUAAAAAAUACGUUCUUUGUAAAUAUUAUAUCGUUUAGAAAUUAUUAGAAAUUAUAAUUUUUCACACGCUGGACUCAUGCAAAAGUUAAUUAGGCGUAAAAAAUAUGAUAUACACAUUCUACAAUGGACAAAUACACAUUGAAAACACGAUACAAAUCUCUUUAUUCCGCGCUCCAUUUAGUCAAUCAUCCAAUCUUCUUUCGCGGUUUGGUCGAAAGGUUAUAAGAAAUUUUUUCGUCAAAGAUUUACUAUCAUUUGUGAGAAAUUUGUCCAAGCAUUUGACAAUUUUCCUUAAAACUCUGCUGAUCGUAACAAUGUUUCUAUCGUUAGUGUUUCCUACCUACAGUAGCGACAAAGCGGGACAUAUAAACAACCUUAACGGUAAGCGAAAGGUUUUUAAAAAAAUGGCCUACCCAAAUACCUUGAUAUUCUUAUAUUAUGCUUCCGACACCGAAACUAUAUUACCUUAUAUCGAUAAAUGCUUCCGAAUCGCUAAUUAUUCUUCAAUGAAUUACAGGAUCUGUUUGCCUCACAUAUUUUAUAGGGUGAAAUUUAAAUUAACUAAACAUUAUAAAAGAGAGGAGUACUACAUCAUAAAAGACCUCAUAAUCAAAUUAUGUAAUUUAGACAUAGAUUAUUUGCGUCAAAAUCUGUUCAAUUCACAACUCAAUAGUCAUACUUUACGCUUUGUACCGUAUGUAAAUAGUGCAUUUAAAUAUAAAUCACUAAAAAUCAAGAUUCAUGACAUUUUGAGUAAUAGAUUUAAAAACGGGAAACUUUCAUCAUUAAAAUUAUCGAAAAAUAAGCGCAAUUUUAUAGAACAUGAUCGAUUCCUUUUAUAUGUUGCUAAUUUUCUAGCCUUAUAUAACACAACCGAUAACUGGUCAGUGUUUGUAAUUGAUAGGAUUACAUCAAAAUCUAAUCACUCUUUUGAUAUCCCUUUAAAUUUAUCAUCAUCAGACAAUCAUUUUAAUUUUUCCCGAAUCAUAAUUAUAACACCAAGCAAUUAUCUAAAUCAUAUAUAUUAUAUUGGAUAUAUACUUAAAAAGGACCAUACUAGAAUUAGGCAUAAAAGGCGAAAAUAUCUUAAGAUUAACAAGCAUUCAAUUAUUAACUUUAACCUUAUAAAAUUGUACUCCAAGUCCACCGUAAAGACAUAUUAUACCAGAUAUUUUCAAGCGAAAUCGCCCACAUAUCACUCCCAAACUGUAAUAACACUUAAAAAAUAUUUAUAUUCAAACAUUAGGUUUACAAUGCCAUCACCGAAAAAUAUUCGGCAUAUAAAACGCAGAAAAAGGCAAUCAGAAAACUCGCUAUAUCCAAAUUAUGAGCAAGGAAAUUAUUUAAUGCAGCCGGUGAAAUAUUUUCCAUUUUCCAAUAUAUUACCAAAGUUCGAUAAAGAUGAAAUCAGCAAUGACAUAGAAAAAGUAAAUAGAAAUGAUUUACAUCAUCUACUCAAGCAUGAAGCCAAUCAAAUUUCGCUCAAAGUUAGUUCAAGUGCAGAAAACAAUUUUACAACUUACAACAUAUCCAAUUUAAAUCAAGACUUACUUCCCAAACACAUGGAAAAUAUUAACACACAUAAAACUCAUGUAUAUUCUUCCAAUACUCAUUUCAAACUCAAAAGGGAUGUUAUCAAAUCCAUUUGCCAGACUCAGAGAUAUGGUAUUCAACAACCUAACGCAAACCCUGUAAAUAUUAAUAAACCUAAAAAUAUAGUAAAACGAGGUGAUAAGCAGAUUCAAAUGCUAAAAAAGACUUAUCUAUCCUUCUGUGAUGCAUAUCCGGUGUAUAACCUAUUAAGCCAGCAAGAUUUAUUUUCUAUAAAAGACUUAACGCAUCCUGUUUCCAUUAAUUCCUCAGCCAGCUUGAUUCUCCAAAAUUUUAGCUAUAUAUCCAAAGGUGCUUCAUAUCAAGAUAAAUCAGAUACCGAAACAAUAAAUUUCAAGAGAUCAAACGUAUUCGAUUCAUGCAAAAACACUUUGAAAAAAUUGAACCGUCUAGAUACAUUAAUUAAGAAAUCUACAAAGGAUUUACAUUCGAUUCUGACACGCAUCGAUUGUGACAUGUAUUCAAUCAAUUGGAACUGUUCAGAAUGCGAGAAUGCAUACAAAUUAUGGCUCUGUAGCGUGAGGCUCCCGUAUUACAUCGGAAGCGAUAAAGAUACUCCCAUAUCACCUUGUUCUGACUUUUGCGAUUUAGUACUUAAUAGAUGUCCUUACCUGUUACCUCAAUUCGAAUAUGGAGGAGAGCCAACUUUUAUAUGCGAUAAUUACUCUACAAACCAUCGUCUUAAAAAAGAUGUAGAAGAAAUACGACAAUGUUAUUCUAUACGAGAUAUGAUACCAUCUAUACCCAUUAACAACUCCGUUCCCAACAAAUCGAUCGCUGGAAAUUUUAAAAGUGUAACAUAUUCCAGGCUAAGAUUUCUGUGUCCUAAAAUGAGCUAUGACAGUGCUUAUUUUAAUUUAAAUCGAUAAGUAUCAAUAAUCAGCUUGCUUGAUAAAUCUUUGGAAAAAUAAUAGUUACUUCCAAUAAUACGCGCGAAUUAUAUUACUCCUUCAGAUAAUGUUCCCAGACCACUUAUCAGUCUUAUAAUCUUUUUUUUAAAUAUAAAAUAAAAUCACCUCAUAUAUUGUUUAAAAAACAUGCCAGUAGAUAUUUUAUUUCUUACAGUUCUCCAUUAAAACCUUUUUCUUUUCUUCUUAAAAAAAAUAAAUUCACAAAUGAUAUUUUAAAGAAUAUUGUUUAUUCAUACAUUUUUUUAAAAUUUCAGGUUAGGAGAUAAUGAGGACCAUUGAGAUAAACGGCAACAUUUGUCAUAUUUUUUUAAAAAGUAAUAAUUAUUUUAUCGAAAUAUAAAAUUUCUAUAUAUUCCCCCCCCCCUCACUCUUCCUCCGCACCUUAUAUAUAACUGCCGAAUAAUUGUCAAUCCAUCAGUGUAAUGCCAAAAAUGACUAGAUGCCAAAUUUUGUUAUGAAAUUAUAUAUGUAUAUUACCUCGAAAAUAUAUAACUUGUUAAUAAUUUAUUAUGUUUGACGAUCGUUAAAUGUACA